AUGAAAUUCCUGGCCCUCCUCCCUAUGUUGGCCGCCACCGUCACGGCCAACGCCGUCGCAAGAGCCCCUACGGAAUUUCAUCUGAAGACCACUGGCGCCAGCAACGCCGACCACAAUGAUCUUUUCGUCUAUGCCUAUCACACCGGUGCUGGGUUCAAUGACGCUGUGCUGGACAAGGAUGGUUCCAAAGCUAGCCCGAUCUACCUCAACGGCACCCGGGCUUUGGCUGACCUGAAGACUGAUUUCCCUUGGGGUCUUGUGGCUAUCGGUGACACAAACUAUGCCUCAUGGGAACCGAUUGAGAUUAACGCCGGUGAUGGUUCGGAGGGAUUCUCGAUUGAUAAUGGCGAAUUUGUGUGGUCCGCAAAUGACGGUUUCGGCGGUUGGCUCGUUUGUGAAUGGUUCCACAACGCGCCCCAGUUGUUCUACCUGUACCGCUAUUAUGAGGCUACUAUCCCUUCAAGCUGCAGCAAGGCUCAGCUGAAGCCUGUCUACAUCGGAUAG